GGCGGCGUGCUGUAACAAACAGAUGUCAUGUGCUAGUAGGUAGAGAUGGAGCUGUUAUUAAUCAUUAGACAUGUAAAAUGGGAAUCUGGAGUUAUUUCCCUGCCUUAGAGAACUAAGAAGAGAGUUGUGACGGUCUGUGAUUGACACUUGGAAAUGGAGUGUUCCUGGUUUAUGCAUAACCUAUAAGGUGCAUUCCUCAUGUUCUGAUAACAGUAAAUUAAUGAUUAGUCUCUGUCUGUGCCUCAGACACAGCUCACACUUCCUUAUUGUUGAAUGGCAAUGACACCCCGGCCAGUAAUGGGCACUACCGUGGCGUCGUAUGCUGACACGAAUGGCAAAGUUUCUUUGGAGGCUGCUGACAUUGCAGUGGUGGUGGUUUAUUUCGUCUUCGUCCUAGGUGUGGGAAUAUGGUCCUCAUUCAGAGCCAACCGGGGAACAGUAGGGGGCUACUUUUUGGCUGGAAGAUCCAUGACAUGGUGGCCUAUCGGCGCCUCCCUGAUGUCCAGCAAUGUUGGCAGUGGCCUGUUCAUUGGGUUGGCCGGGUCAGGGGCCGCAGGAGGCAUUGCAGUCGGGGGCUUUGAGUGGAAUGCGUCCUGGGUCCUGGUUGCCCUGGGCUGGAUCUUCGUGCCGGUGUACAUCGCUGCCGGUGUGGUCACCAUGCCCGAGUACCUGAGGAGGAGGUUUGGCGGCCAGCGUAUCCGAAUCUACAUGAGUGUGCUCUCACUUAUCCUCUACAUACUCACCAAAAUAUCAACAGACAUCUUCUCUGGUGCUUUGUUCAUCCGGGUUUCCCUGGGUUGGGAUCUCUACCUCUCCACUGUUGUGCUCAUUGCUGUGACAGCAGUCUAUACUAUAGCAGGUGGAUUGACGGCAGUUAUUUAUACAGAUGCAUUGCAGACUGUCGUCAUGGUAAUUGGAGCAUUUGUUCUCAUGUUUAUAGCUUUUGAUAAAGUGGGCUGGUAUGAAGGCCUAAUGGAUCAAUAUGAGAAGGCCGUGCCCAACAUCACUGUACCUAACACCACGUGCCACCUGCCACGGACCGACGCCUUCCACAUGUUCAGGGACCCGGUGACCGGAGACCUGCCCUGGCCCGGCCUGGUGUUUGGGCUCACUGUGCUGGCAACGUGGGCGUGGUGUACCGACCAGGUUAUAGUUCAGAGGUCACUCGCAGCCAAGAAUAUGUCCCAUGCAAAAGGGGGGUCUGUUUUGGCAGGGUACCUCAAGACGCUCCCCAUGUUCUUUAUCGUCAUGCCAGGCAUGAUCAGCAGGGCACUCUUCCCAGAUGAAGUGGGUUGUGUUGACCCUGUGGAGUGUCAACGCAUCUGUGAGACUAGUGUGGGGUGUUCCAACAUCGCCUAUCCUAAAUUAGUGGUGGAACUCAUGCCAGCAGGCUUGCGAGGUCUGAUGAUCGCCGUCAUGAUGGCUGCUCUCAUGUCCUCCCUCACGUCCAUCUUCAACAGCAGCAGCACGCUCUUCACCAUGGACAUCUGGCAGCGCGUGCGCCGACAGGCCUCCGAGAGGGAGCUCAUGGUGGUGGGCAGGGUGUUCAUCCUGCUGAUGGUGGCCCUGAGUAUUGCGUGGAUUCCCAUCAUCCAGACGGCCAACAGCGGGCAGCUCUUUGACUAUGUGCAGGCCAUCACCAGCUACCUGGCCCCCCCCAUCACUGCUCUCUUCGUCCUGGCCAUCUUCUGGAAGCGUGUCAAUGAGCAGGGAGCCUUCUGGGGCCUCAUGGUAGGCCUGGUUGUGGGGACCGUGAGAAUGGUAAUGGAGUUUGUGUACAGCACUCCCUCUUGUGGACAGGAGGACACACGGCCGGCGUUGCUAAAGGAUGUGCACUACCUGUACUUUGCUCUCAUCCUACUAGGGGUCACCACUCUUAUCAUCACAGUGGUCAGCCUCUGCACCCCACCCAUCGAGGACAAGCACCUUGUACGGCUGACAUGGUGGACGAGGCACAGCCAAGACCUGCGUGUGGAGCUAGAGGACCCCUGGGCAACCCUGCCUGAGGAGACCAAAGAGAGGGCUGAAUCUCAGGAUACCCGGGACUCUCCAGAGCAGCAGGCCGCCGCCUCGUGCUGGAAGAGAGCGGCCAUGUGGAUGUGUGGUCUGUCUGGACAUGCGGAGGCCCAGCUCAGUGCGGAGGAGCAGCAGGCCCUCGAGAGGAAGCUGACCAACAUAGAGGAGAUUCCUAUGUGGCGCAAUGUCUGCAACAUCAAUGCCCUUAUUCUUCUCACUAUCAAUGUCUUUCUGUGGGGCUUCUUUGCCUGACCAUAAUUGUCUGAAUAUAUUUUAGACAAAAUAUAACUUUGUACAAAUACAUUUUAUAGUUUCAGUAAUUCCUAAAAAUUUGCUAAUGUGGAAACUUUAUGUUAUGUAUCAUUAUUUAAAGAUUUUAGUGUAAUUUGCAUGCAUAUCAUCCACAAUGAGGAAUCUGCUUCUUCUGGUUCAUUUCUCCAGGAAUAGUUGCUUGAAGGUGUAUAUCCAAACCCAUCUUUACAAUAGGAUGAGGGAAAAAAUCAUCUAAUUUAAACAAAUAAAACAUUUGGUUUAAGGUU